AUGCAGGGCUUUGUGGUGCUCAUCUUCAGCCCCAGUACUUUGGACACAGAGCUCUGGGAAACCAACCCUUUCUACAGAUGCAGCGCACCGUCCGCGGGCGGCGCAUGCCCAGAUCGGCAGAUUAGGGGACCAGGCGCCUCGCAGCGGAGGGCCGGCGGUUCCCGCCAUUUUGUCCCGCUCGCCACACCGCUGGCCACAGGAGUGGACUACAAGUCCCGUGAGGCUCCGCGGCCGCACUUCCUACCCUCACUGUCCGGCCCGCUCCCUCCGUCCCCCCUCCCCUGGGGCCGAAGGCUCUGGCUGGAGCCAGGCGGCCAGAGACCAGGUAGGAUUUCCGGGAGAAAGUACUGUGGAGCCAGAGGAGGCAGCGGCGACCUGGAAGCUAUUCCUCCUCUGCCUACGCUGGCUAACAGUGGCAUGGAGGAUCCAUUUGGAGAAGCGGAGCGGCCCUCUGGAGACCCAGGCCUGGUUAUGGACAGUGUGGAGGCAGGGGACACAACACCUCCCACCAGAAGGAAAAGCAAGUUCUCAGGCUUUGGCAAGAUCUUCAAGCCAUGGAAAUGGAGGAAAAAAAAAAGCAGUGAUAAAUUCAAAGAGACAUCAGAAGGUGGUGAGGAUUCAGGAAAGCUGAGCCAUGCUGCAUUAAAGAAUGGACACACCACCCCCAUAGGGAGUGUCAGGUCUUCUAGUCCAGUUCUCGAGGAAGAAGAGGCAGAGGGAAGUCUCAGGAAUCUUACUCCAGAAGAGGAUCCAAAGAAGAGACUUGGCUCAACUGGAAGCCAGCCCAACUCUGAAGCAGAGCCUGGGCUUGAGCAAGCACCUAAGCAGCCCCUGCUGCCCCCCAAGAGACCCCUGUCCUCUUCUGAUGAAGGAAACGAGGGGCAGGCAAAGGAGGUCCUGGCCGGCAGUGCAGCAAGACCGGUCUCCUCCACUUCUGGCUCUGGCAUUGAGACACCUGCUGCCACCACUGCUGCCACAGACAUGACAAAGACCUUAACAAAGUCCUUUGUGGCCUCGACCCCAGCCCCCACCCCCGCCCCCAGGACUCUGCCUGCUGCUCCUGCCAGCACUAACACUACUGCCACCCAUCCGGCCCCGGCCAAGCAACCGCCCAUCCCACCCCCUAAACCAGCUCAGAGAAACAGCAACCCCGUCAUCGCUGAACUGUCCCAAGCAAUGAACAGUGGCACACUGUUGUCGAAACCAUCCCCACCCUUGCCGCCCAAGAGAGGCAUUCCAUCAACUUCGGUCUCCAGCUCGGAGCCUGCUGCUUCAGCCACAGCUAAGACAGCAAAUGAUCAAAGAGAAAAAACUGUCUCUUUGUGUUUGGAACCACCGCUGACAAUCCCGCCUUCGUCCCCGUCACCUCCCCUACCUACCCACAUACCUCCAGAGCCUCCACGGUCCCCUCUAGUCCCUGCUAAGACUUUCCAAAUGGUGCCAGAAGUUGCGUUCUCCCCUUCUUUAGAUCGAUUCCAGGACAUUUCCCAGCAGGAAGAUCAGAAAAAGGAAGUCCCCAAGAAGAUACAGGACCAGAGCUUUGGGGAGUCCCAUAUACCCUCCAGGCUGCCCCCAGUCCCACUGCAUAUCCGAAUUCAGCAGGCCCUUACCAGCCCCCUUCCCGUGACCCCUCCCUUGGAAGGAACUCACAGAGCCCAUUCACUGCUCUUUGAGAGCAGUGACAGCUUCUCCGAGGACACUGGCACCCUGGGUCGGACCAGGUCACUUCCCAUCACGAUUGAAAUGUUGAAAGUUCCAGAUGAUGACGAGGAAGAGCAGAUCUGCCCAUUUGUUGAAGACAUGGCAUCUACCUCAGCUACUCCUAAACUACCACCGUGUCUGCAAGAGGAAGAGAAGGAGAGCGACUCAGAUUCAGAGGGUCCCAUUCAGUAUCGAGAUGAGGAGGAAGAUGAUGAUGAUGAAAGCCAUCAGAGUGCCCUGGCCAACAGAGUGAAGAGGAAGGACACGCUGGCGAUGAAGCUGAGCAGCAGACCCAGCGAACCAGAGACCAGCCUGAGUUCUUGGCCUUGUAAAAGCAAGGAGGAGUGGAAUGAAAUACGGCACCAGAUCGGGAACACGCUGAUCCGGCGGCUGAGUCAAAGGCCAACAGCAGAAGAACUGGAGCAACGGAACAUCCUACAGCCUAAAAAUGAAGCUGAUCGCCAAGCAGAGAAACGGGAAAUUAAACGUCGACUCACUAGAAAGCUCAGCCAAAGGCCAACUGUGGCUGAACUACUUGCCAGGAAGAUCCUGAGGUUUAAUGAGUAUGUGGAGGUGACAGACGCUCAGGACUAUGACCGGCGAGCAGAUAAACCAUGGACCAAACUGACUCCUGCUGACAAGGCUGCCAUCAGGAAAGAAUUAAAUGAGUUUAAGAGCUCGGAGAUGGAGGUUCACGUAGACAGCAAACACUUCACACGCUACCAUCGCCCAUGAAGCUGAAGUCUGAGAAAGGAACUAAAGGACCAUUGGGAAAGCAUGGCUGUUUUGUUGCUUGUCUCCAGGGUGACCAUAACACUUCCUGCACAGCCAGAGCUGCUCUGGGAUCUGGUUCGGGGCAGAUACCACUCGUAUGCAUGUAGCCUUUCCUCGGUAUGGAUCCUUGUGCACCUCUUAGAGAAGAACAAAACGCCAGAUACUUUUGAGCCUUUUAACAACACUGCAGCAGACGUGAGGACUUUUCUCUCACCGGCCACAGAGGCACAGGGCCACUUGCAGGGUCUGAGUUUUACUGGCCGCAGCACACGCUGCCCUAAGACAGCUGCAUGUACUGGGGCCGUUUGUCCCAUUAGCCUGUCUGCUCUGUCUGAGAGUCUUCAUGCAGGCGUAAUUCAGCCAUCAAGUCCUCUUACCAGAAAAAACCUUCUGGAGGCACCAGCCCUUGGAGCGAAAGGGACCCGCUUCCGGAGAAAGUGCCUGGACCUCACUGGCGUCAGUUCAGAGACCGCACUUUAAGGACUGACCAGAAGGAAGCUCAGGCUCUGGCCUGUCCCUCCCUCUACUUGGUACUUGUCAUCCUAGGUCCUUUCUUUUUAUUUUGAGAUAAGAUCUUAUACUGUGGCUCAGGCUGGCCUGCAAACUCCCAUCUCGGCCUCCCAAGUGCUGGCCCUUAUUUUAAAGUGAGCUUAAAGAAAUGGGGGAAUUUAUUCAUUCCAUGGUCUGAGCUGUAACCAGAAUCCAAGUGAUCACUUGAGAAAGCCAUGUGCAUUUCCUGUGUACAAACCAAGAAAAAGGCCUUAAUAUUAAAUAACGCCAGUUUGGUAGAGAACUGACUCAGAGGGUAGACUGUUAUAUGUUCCUUGUACCAAAUGAUACUGUAAAUCACUUCAGCCUGGGAGCACCGUGUGGGAGCACCGUGUGGGAGCACCGUGUGCUACAGGUGCGCGUGCCUCUAGACAGAGCCCUCUCCGUGGUGCUCUUGACCCUCCUUACUGCACAGUCCCUCUCUACAGCAUUAGCCCCUGCCCCUCCCGACAGCGAACACCUCACUUGCCUUUCCAUUCCAUGUUGGAGCCAGCGUGGUUGGUGCCUGUGUUUUCUAGUCAGGCCUCCCCGUUUGCAUUUGGGUGCUGGUUUGCUUAUUGUCUCAAAGAACUUUUCUCCUGAAACCCACACAGCCUCACCAUUCCCUCCUGAAUUCUAUUUACAUUGUAAGUGGUAGAGAAAUGUUACUGGGCUUGUUUAUAUUUUUUGUUUUUGUUUUAGUUUGUACCUCAGUAUGUAGCCCAGGCUAGCCUUUGAAGUGAAGUCUCCCUUACUCAGCCUUCCCAGUCUGGGAUCAUGGACGGCAAGUCAUACCCAGCUUUUUCUCACCUUAAUAUCUAGUAAGUUGUGCGUCUUUACAUUUUUUUUUUGUUUUAUUCUGUUUCCUGUCUAUAUUUUUUUCAGCAGUGUUCUCUGUGUCAACGUCAUACUUAUUAAAGAGUUAGAAUAUAGGGCAAACAAAAAAGCUAAAGUGACCUUAGAACUCGUACUUUGUUCUCUAUGGAGAAAAAAGUGCUUUGGGUUUUUGGUUUUUGUUUUUUUGUUUUUUUUUCCUUACUGCCAGAUAGUUUCUGGCUAUGAAAAAAAGACUGCGUCCCACCUCCCAGUCUGUGAGAAGUCUGGGUACAAGGUUGCCAGAGCUGUUAGCCUUUGUGAUCGAAUUCUGUUCUGUGCUCCUGGAGGAGGGAGGCCCAGUCCUCACAAGCGAGGCGGGUGCCUGCUCCACCCUGUUCCCUCCUGCUUAGUCCCGGGUUUAUAGAGCACUUUAUAGGCCUGUGCUGCCUGUGCUGUGGUAACCUUGUGUUUUAUUAGACAGGCUCUCAUGUCACUUCACAAUGUAGCCAAGGAUCCCCCUGCCUCCACCCCCUGCUUACAGGGCUCACAGAGGCACCCACCAUGCCUGCCUGUCUUGUCCCCCUGCUGCUUUCCCUCCCUCACAGUGCCAAGCCUGACUGCCCGUGUGCUUGCGUGUGCCAUCAAGGGCCCUGACUCACAGUUCAUCUCAUUCGUCUUCUGCAGCGUCGUCUGUUAGGGCGGCAUCUAGCCCGUGGUUUUGUUUUUAUGUAUAUAAAAGUUGAUUACGUGUUUCUUUCUGUAAUUUGAAGCUUACAAUCAUAAUGUAAAAGGGUAAAAGCCUCUCAUGUUGUAGGUUAAGAUGCUUCUCCAGUGUACAGAAUCUUGUAAAAUAAAUAAUUACAUUGUAUAUCAGUCUUCCCACCAAUCUUAAUUAUUAAAGUAUUUUAGAAUAUUAAAAAA